AGAACACGGUGCUGAUUAUAAGCCUUGUACCACACACAUCUAACAACGUAUUUCCUUACAAAUGCUUACACUUCUAUCCAGCUCCACAAAUGGUAUGGUCAUCGGGGCUAUGAAGGCUGCCAUCCCUUUUGGCAUUGGACUUGCCUCUGCAACAUUUAUGGCUGCGAAAAUCGCCUUGAGCCCAGAGUUCAGUACAGAUAAGAGAAUCCCUAUAGCCUCUCUCAGACCAGGCGACUCUUCACAUGAUGAUGAGUACAAUGAGGAUCCAGACGCAUUCCUCGAGCGCUGUGAAAAAGAAUAUGGCCCAGUGUUUAACGUAUAUCUCCUCAACAUGGCCCUCACUGUCAUCUCUGGCCCUCAAGCCCGUGAAGUUUUCACUAAUGAGAGCUUCUCUGCGAAUGAUGCGCUUGAGGAGCUUACAUGCAUGCGCUCAUACUUUGAUACGGGUCGGAAGAGUAACAAUAACUAUAACAACAGGACCAUUCCUGCCCUCAUUCGUGAUAUGAUCACUCGCUUUAUCCCCACUUAUAUCCCAAAGAUCGUAGCACAGAUGGAAAAAGUCAUUGAUCAAGAACUAGGCUACUGCCCUGCUCAGAGAGGAGCCAAGCUAGUGGAAAAGCCUCUUCUCGUGUUUCAGAAGAUAAUUGCUAACGCAACUGCACUUGUCUUUGUCGGCCCUGAGAUUGCCAAGAGCCGUAAGAUCAUUGACACGUUUAUCUCCGCUUCUAAAGAUUUCGGAAAGACAUUUGGCAAUGGUGGUGUUCGAGCCUCAAAAUGGCGUACCUUUAUCCAGCGGGCCAACUAUAAACUAUUUCAUCCGCUUCGAAACCAUGCUCAGAUCCUAGCCGAAGCCUCUAUGUCUGUGAUUCUUGAACGCCGUCGGCUAGAAGCUCUAGCGAAUGAGGCUGGGAUCGAAUUCGAACAACCUGAUGAUGUUCUUCAGCAUAUGUUCGAUGACUUUGACAAGCAUGGGCUCGUAGAUCUCGAAGACAUCUGCGCUUUUGCCCUUAUCAUUUCUGGCGCAAUCGUCCAUACGAUUACGGAUGCCUCCACCAAUAUGCUCUACUAUCUGGCGGCAUUCCCACAGUACAUGGACAGGUUAUUUCAAGAACAACAGCAGGUCCUUGAUACUAUUCAGGCGGAACGAGAACAGGCACGUCAAGAGCGUUCGAGGGAAGGAAAGCCUAUUGGCGAUGACUUGGAUCCAGCACAUGACAGAGACUUGACUGCAGCUGCAAUCAAGAAGAUGAUCUAUAUGGACUCAUUUGUACGAGAGGUCUUCAGGUUCCGUACUGAACGUCUGGGGAUAAUGCACCUUGCGCUCGAAGAUGUUACUCUUUCAAGCGGUAUUAUGAUCUCCAAGGGCUCUACUGUUAUUAUCAACACCAGACCUGCUCAUCAGAGUUCUGAAAAUGGUGAGGAUGUGACAGAGUUUAGACCAUGGCGGUUCGUAGGCAAGAACAAAGCUGCGACUAAAGUUGGAAUGGACUAUCUACCCUUUGGCAUGGGAAGGCACGCUUGUCCAGGCCGGUUCAUUGUUGUGGAGCAGUUGAAGGCUGUUGGAGCAUUGAUGGUCUCCAAAUACUCCAAGAUUGAAAUCCAGGACCCCUCCAAGACAAAGAUGGCUCUUUGCACCCAUAUUGGCGAACCUAUUGAUACUGGUCUGAAGUUCACUAGUCGUGAAUGAAUAGUGUAGUCUGUCGCGAGAUAUUUGAUGCCUCUCAAAGGGCUCGUCCCCAUCCCUGUACAACAACGAAACAUACAACCUCCGCAAAUACU